AUGCCACCCAAAUUGGUGUUCAAGAGAAUAUCGCAAGCCGGAGUAACUGGCGGAGGAGCUGGCAAUAGUGGUGGAGUACAAAAACCAUCCUCACCGAAAAAAAGUCCGACAAGGUCUUCGAACAGAUUAGCCGGUCUCCCUCCAGAUGCCGUGGCACCACCCGCCAAUGGACCAACGUACACACUCAGAGAUGAAUUCAAAGAGACACCAGAAGGUGUACAAAUUGCUCAGAAAUGGGUGUACAAAGACGAUGUGCGAUCAGAGCUAUUCGCAUGCUAUAACAACUACAAGGCCGAACAUUUUUAUCCGGGGCAAAUCAUCAGAGCUACAAUGUCGAAUUAUCAAACCAAUACGAAAGUGUCCUUGGACGAUCGUAACAUAGCAACCCAUACAGAUGGGCCUGUAUACAGUAAGAAAAGACCAAUGGUAGUGAUGUGGAAGACAAACAUAGGACUUUUGUGCCUGCCAAUCGUUUCACAGUCUUCAGAGUCGAGCUACAAAGACGGCAGUCAUAUGUGGGACGAGUAUGUGAGUGCAAAGGCCGUAGACAAGGAAGAAUGGACCGCAAAGACAAAAUGGCAUGGACCAUCAGUACGCUUCGUCAUCCUGGAAGGUCACCACCGGAAACCCUAUCUCAGAGACCAAGAAGUGUAUGUCAAUGUGGCUCAGCCUUGCUAUAUCGGCAGACAAGAAGAGAUGGAUCUGAAUAUUGGAUAUCUGACUGGAGAUAGUUAUGCUAGGCUGAUGGCUGCUUUUGAUUACAGACAGCAUCAGCAGAAAGUGGCUGCUUUUGGGGAGUAUAGUAAUGAGAAAUACACACCGGCGAAUCCAAUGGUGGUUUGGCCGGGUGAUCCGAAGACUGCUGGUGGUCUGCGGCAGGAGCGGGCGGCAGAGCAGGAGAAACGGAUGGCGCGUUCUUACCCGAGAUUGGACGAAGGACUGGAUGCAACGAAGUUGGUGAAGAAGUUUGAGCUUGCAGGCACAAAAUGA